AUGGGGUGUGGUGGGGCAGGAGGUCGCAGAGACACGUUCGCGGUGGGCAGGGGGUGUGGUGGGGCAGGAGGUCGCAGAGACACGUUCGCGGUGGGCAGGGGGUGUGGUGGGGCAGGAGGUCGCAGAGACACGUUCGCUGUGGGCAGGGGGUGUGGUGGGGCAGGAGGUCGCAGAGACACGUUCGCGGUGGGCAGGGGGUGUGGUGGGGCAGGAGGUCGCAGAGACACGUUCGCGGUGGGCAGGGGGUGUGGUGGGGCAGGAGGUCGCAGAGACACGUUCGCAGUGGGCAGGGGGUGUGGUGGGGCAGGAGGUCGCAGAGACACGUUCGCGGUGGGCAGGGGGUGUGGUGGGGCAGGAGGUCGCAGAGACACGUUCGCGGUGGGCAGGGGGUGUGGUGGGGCAGGAGGUCGCAGAGACACGUUCGCUGUGGGCAGGGGGUGUGGUGGGGCAGGAGGUCGCACAGACACGUUCGCGGUGGGCAGGGGGUGUGGUGGGGCAGGAGGUCGCAGAGACACGUUCGCUGUGGGCAGGGGGUGUGGUGGGGCAGGAGGUCGCAGAGACACGUUCGCGGUGGGCAUGGGGUGUGGUGGGGCAGGAGGUUGCAGAGACACGUUCGCGGUGGGCAGGGGGUGUGGUGGGGCAGGAGGUUGCAUAGACACAUUCGCGGUGGGCAGGGGUGUGGUAUGGCAGGAGGUCGCAGACACACGUUCGCUGUGGGCAGGGGAUGUGGUGGGGCAGGAGGUCGCAGAGACACGUUCGCGGUGGGCAUGGGGUGUGGUGGGGCAGGAGGUCGCAGAGACACGUUCGCAGUGGGCAGGGGGUGUAGUGGGGCAGGAGGUCGCAGAGACAAGUUCGCGGUGGGCAGGGGGUGUGGUGGGGCAGGAGGUCGCAGAGACACGUUCGCUGUGGGCAGGGGGUGUGGUGGGGCAGGAGGUCGCAGAGACACGUUCGCGGUAG